CUCUACCGGAGUAAAGUCUUCUCUCAGUGGCAGCUUACAGGAGGGAAAACACACCAGAAGUUUUGAGAUACAGAGCAGGGAAGGAGAAAGAGGAAAAGACUGAGCUGUCUCCAAACCACAUUUUCUCCCAGGCUGUAUGUGGGUUUUAUACAGUCAUGGCAUCAGCAGCUCCACCAAAAAGGAUGGUGUCUUCUGUCUUCAUCACUCUGGCUGCUCCUCAUCGAGCCACUGUAACACAGCAGCAGCCUGUCCUCCAAGCUCACAGUGGUGCAGUUAGAGACAAGCCGCACACUGCUGUACGAGUUAGGCCGAGCGACAACAUCCCCGCCGUCAGACACAAGAAAGAGGAUGACCAGCAGUCUGAGUCUUAUGGCAGCAUAGACAGCAAAGGCCGGACUUUUAAGGGGCCCACGGCCCAAACGUCAGACCCUCAGAGCCCAAAACCUGCCCAACCCGGACCUGGCAGAGUAAAGCUGCGAGGAGACGAUCGAGGUGCUGCAGAUCUCUUCCCUGCUCCUCCUCCUCCUCCUCCUCCUGCUGCUGUGCUGCCUUCAUCUCAGGGAACAUCGCUCUCUGAAGAAUCAGCACUUCCACCACCUCCUCCUGCCCAGACGCCUCUCUCCUACCCUCUGACCCCAGGCCAGCAGACAGUUUACAACAGAGAGGUGGAAACGAGCACACCAUCUAGUGGGUUAAACCAAGAUGAACAAUCCCACGGGAUCCAUAAAAAUGACCAAGACACGAGCAGGGAGAGUAGAGAUGUGUGUGGCUUCUGUCGGAAACCCGUGGCUCUUUCUGAACCUGCAAUAGAGGCCUUAAACAGGACGUACCACGACGGUUGUUUCCAGUGUAGAUCUUGUCACAUUCCCCUGGCUGGUAAACAGUACUACAACAAGGCUGGCAUCCCACUCUGUGAAGACUGCUACCAGGCCAGCCUGGAACUUUGCUGGGCGUGUGGGGAGGUUAUCACAGACCAGGUGAUCCGUGCACUGGAGCGAGUGUACCACCUUUCUUGUUUCACUUGUGCGACAUGUAAACAGCAAAUUGGGGAGAAAGCUUUUGCUCAGGGAGAAGUUGGAGAAGUUUAUUGCCUCCAGGACUAUUACAGGAAGUAUGCUCCAAAGUGUAACGCCUGCAACCAGCUAAUCAUUCCGAAAGAAGAUGGUACUGACAGCUAUAAUGUUGAAUGCCUGGGACACUCGUACCAUGAGAACUGCUACAGAUGUGAGGUCUGCGUCAUCCAGCUCUCUCCUGAACCAAAUGAGCAUGGCUGCUAUCCUUUAGACGGGAAGCUGCUUUGCAAAUCUUGCCAUCUGAACCUGGUUUCUGGCCAACACUAACAGUGGCCUCACAGCCCGAGAUGAACUGCAACUGAUGGAAAAGUGCCACGAGUCUAGGUUCAAAGAGACUUCGCAUGGGCAUUGUGCAUGACUCUGGAAUAACAGAGUCAUGCACAAUAACGUCACACAUCUUUUUCCAAUAGAAUGAUAAUGAAAUAUGGCUUUUUUCUUCUUCUUCUUUUUUUACAGUAUGCUUCCUGAAGAUUCUCCUUUAUUCUUUUAUACUUGAUCAUUUUGCACUCAAUAAACUACCAAAUGCACCAAAUAUAUUUAUGCAACAGCCAUUGCAAAAACGUAUGGCAAGCAUUAUUUGAAUUCUUGUAAAUCUCAAUCAGUAAACUGUUUCUCAAUGACAUUAACCCUUUAUAUAAAAAAUAAACUUUAUAUUAAAAAAAAUGUUUGUAUAAAAGUAAACUAAUAUAUUUUAUCUUGAGGCAGGCUCCAACAUAGCAUUUGUUAAGUUACACAUACACUAUCAAAAAGUAAUAAAAUAAAAAAUUGACAACAGACAUUAGGGAUUUAUAAAAUAAUGUGUAACAGAGCACGAUCAUACUUCCUAAAGCACUCAUGGAACAAAACUAGAAGAUGCUUUUGAUGUGACAACACUCUUCACUGGACCACAGGGCCUAUAUUGAAUAUUUUUGCCUCAACAGUAGAACCAUUGACAUGAAUUUACAAUUAAAGCAUUAAAGUCUCAGUCAGAUUGUUUUUGUAUUUAUGUUCUGUAUCUCAAAAUGGCAUGUUUGUGGAAUUAUAUUUCUUUGUACCAUAACAUUUAUUAAAACAUUCUUGGGUAAAAAAUAUUUCGUCAUUUACGUUUUUAUUCACCACACUUUUUAUAUACUAUGUAAAUAUUGCAAUCUUUUCUGUCUGGUCUUUACAGUAGGACUAUUUAGAAAGAAAUGAAAGAAAAUCACCCCCCUGAUCAGUUAAUACACUC